AUGCCAACACCAGCAGCAAUAUCAGCAGCAGCAGCAACAGCAGCAGCAGCAGCAGCAGCAGCAGCACGAAUGCAAGCGCAAGGGACGUCAGGAGGGUCGUCAGGAGGGACGCCAGGAGGGACGUCAGGAGGGACGUCAGGAGGGACGUCAGGAGGGACGUCAGGAGGGUCGUCAGGAGGGACGUCAGGAGGGUCGUCAGGAGGGUCGUCAGGAGGGACGUCAGGAGGGACGUCAGGAGGGACGUCAGGAGGGACGUCAGGAGGGACGUCAGGAGGGACGUCAGGAGGGACAGGAGGUGAAUGCAAGCUGGAUGCUGUGAAUGAAGUUCUUCCCUUCCACCUUGAAGAAGAAAUCACCGGUCUCUGCAGUGUGACUUGGCACAUGCCAGCAUCGGAGGGGACUCUCUACGUCAGCACUUCCUCUCCAAUCUUAAGCCCCUUGGGUCCUCGCGCAUGCAACGACUUGAAGCGAAGCUCGCGUCCCCCCCUGCCUCUCGGCAUUGGCUUCUCGACCCUCCAGGUCACCGGCGAAGGGUUUUCAAGCUUGACGACUCCAGAGGCUUUUUGCCUCUCUCUUUCUGCUGGAUCAGGAGAUUCUCUGCAGAGCUUCAGCUAUGCUGUCACGCCAGGCUCUGUUCUCUACUCUAUCUUCAAGCUAGACACCUCUGGCUCCAUGUGCGUGAGUUACAAGGAGAGUGACUGCAUCUUGCCCCCUCCCGUCAUCGCGCAAGUCUCUCAACUCCAAGCAGAAGCUCUUAACUUCCAUUUGACCAGCAACGCCGUCACCUAUGCCAAGAUCAACAUCUCUUCGAUGUCAAACCAAGUGUCAAUUGCCUACACGAGAACCCAGUUGUCAUGCUCAAACGUGUCCGGUACAUCCAAUCCGAUUGAACUCUUUGAUUUGUCGGCUCCAGUUGAAAAGAAUACUCCUGUUACCAUUUACGCCGUGACGUGUAAGGACAACAGAACCAUGAGCUCGAUCGCUUCAAAGACAUUCUCUCUCUAUCCUGCCCCUUACUUCUACGUCGAGAUCCAAAUCGCUGAAUGGAGGCAGUCGUCACUUGAUGCGACAGAUAAGUCGAAUCUUGUGAAAGCAUUGAAUGAGAAUGUUCCAAAUCCUUCUCAUACGCAUGUCGGAUCACAUUUUACAAGCGAACCUUUGACUAGCAACAGCACCAACAUUACAGGUGUUGUUAUCAACAUCUCGGUCUUGGCAGGAUCAAAUUACCAUGCGGUGGCAGCCUACAACGCCAUCUCCUCCAACCAGACAGAUGUCUUCAAAUCGAUCGAGAGGCUCACAGGUAUCUCCAACCUUUCUUUCACUUUGCGCUUGUCGUCUAUCACGUCGAGAUUAUCAUUUUCUGGGAACCAUGACGCAUGUUCGACUCACUAUGACUGUGUGAGUGGGUCAUACUGUGCCAAGAACGAUUUCACCUCCUCCAACUUUCAGUGUUUGCCGUGUAGCGCAUGUGUUAUCGGCUCGAGAGAUUCUUACGACAACGUCUGUCCUCAAGACAAGUGUCCGAGGUCCGGAGGCUACCCCUCGUGUGUCAACGCAAGCAAGCUUCUUUCCAGUCUGCCGGGGGCUUGUUCGGAUCACCAUGAGUUUGCGGUAUGGGAGCACUCCAGCCCAAGUGAGGGGAGCCCGCAGGUGAUUCCUCCCUUCACGCCCAAGGUGAGGGAACUGACGGCGUACAACCGGCUGGUGGGUGCCAUCGUCAUCACGCAGACGAGGCUCAAGCAAGGGGCCUGCGUCAACCACAUCCGGGACAGCGACGUGCGUCUCUUCACGUCCUCGGCAGGCUCUGACAUCUCUUGUCCCCUGCUCGAUCAGUAUGACUCGCAGCCUUUCGGAUACGACCCGACGUUCAUGACCUUCAGCUCGCUGUAUGACGGCAAGGUCACCCCGGACUCCUUCUACGGCUACGGCGAGCGAUAUAGCACACGAGAGUCGAGCGGCAAGACUGUGUACGGGUACCCCAAGGGCUUCUUCCCGCACAAGUACAAUCAGAACGCACUUGACACCAACAUGGACGGGAUGCUGAGCAGCGAAGAGCUUGCGGCGGGAGGGAAGAACCUGUUCAAGCUCUACUUCGACGAACGCCUCACCCAAAAGCAAGCGUUGAAGAUGAUCGCAUUUGCAAGAGAUGGUAAGUUCAUUGACUCUCAGACAAAGGAGAUCUCUGUUGAGAUCGUCACGUACAAUGCAGUCAAGAACAUCUUUAUGUACUCUGAGUUUGUCUUCGCGUGGGAAUCAGGAGGGAACAUUCCAUGGAAUUACAAGAUCAAGACCAUACCGAUGGAUCGCAUUCUUUACCCCUCUUACAUUCAGAUCGGCCUCAUGCUCGCCGUCCUGGUCUUUCUCAUGGUCAACUGCCUGCUGGAGCUUCGGGACAUGCUGAUGCACUUCAAACGGUUUGCGCUCAACGAGUACCUGGCGGAUCCCUUCAACUGGCUGGAUUUGCUGCACUUGUUCUUCAUGUGGGGAUCUGUGCUGUCAUGGUUGAAGUAUCGGGAAACUGCCCUGACCUUCCAGCUGCAAACUGAUUACCCAAUCUUGUUCUAUGGCCCCAAGUACAGUAACUCAAGCAACUCCCGCCGCUCCAACUCCUCCAACCCAAGUUCUACAAGCACAAGACAAACGCCCUUCCAAGUUCCUAUCAGUGUUACAAACUUCGCGAUAGCGCGCAUGUUUCGCACAAACAACGCUGCUGAGUAUGACUUCCUCCAACUGAUCAAGGCGAUGCGGGAGAUCAGCGGCUGGAUGGAAGAGUUUUCCUUCUUCUCGGGGGUUUCUGUUGUGCUCUUCGUGUUUCGACUGCUCAAGUCCCUCGACUUUCAGCAGCGGAUGGGAAUGGUGACCAGAACCAUCGCGCGGGCUGCCAGUGACCUGUGGCACUUCAUGUUGCUCUUCGUCAUCGUGUUCUUGGGGUAUGCCAUGGUCGGAGUGCUGCUGUUCGGCCACCAGUAUGAAGGCAUGCAAGAUCUAUCUCACUGCUGCAUCACUCUGACCAUCUUGUUGCUCAGCUUGGACGCAACUCAGUUCUAUGCCUCGAUGUCUCAUGCAGCAUCUCCCCUGGCCUUCUACAUAUUUCUGUGGUCCUACAUCUUUAUCGUUUUCUUCAUUCUCUUCAACAUUUUUCUUGCCAUUCUUGUGGACGCGUAUGCAACUGUGAAGCGAGCUACCGAAGGAGCCACAGGUCUCAUACAAGAAGUCGCGGAUGUGCUCUGGCAUGCUGUAAGAAAGUUUCUCCCUCUACCGACAAGGUACCUGUCAGAUGAGCAGUUGUACAAGCUACUCAAGGAGCAGAAACAGCAGUUUGGAAAGACAUCCAAGGUGCAACAAGAAGUGAAUCAAAAGCUUGAAGACAAAAAGGAGAUUCUUCUCCAUGGAAGUGUGAGGCUUGAUGUCAAUGCCCUUCAGCACCUGUUGCAGCGCAAGUCGUCCAAGAGAUGCAACAAGGUUGCCCCGGACAUGGAGCAAGCGCAGCAUUGCGACAGGACAGUGGAGAUGGAGAAUGGGUACGGCAACGACAUGGUCCUCGACGUCAUGGAGCGAUACGGAAGCAACGUGCUCGAGCAACGUGAGCGCAGGAAUCGCGAGUUCAAGGAGUAUGUAGGGGUGGAGAACAUGAGGCGCCUCCUCGCCAUGAACAUGCUGCAGAUCGGUGUGCUGGAGGAGCAGAAGAGGCUUUCUAGCAUCUUGGAGGCAGUGGCCAUUGAAACGCUUGGAGCUUUACCGGAGGUUGAGACGAGCAUGUCGAAGCUGAUGGGGAAGCUGAGCAGGAGGGUCGGAGUCGUUCACCUCAAGGUCAUCGGUGCCUCUCAGCUUCCGCGCAUGGAUCUGCUUCGUAGCUGCGACCCCUACUGCGUCGCUUACGUCGACGGACCUGGCGAGCCGGAGACGUACGUGACAGAGACUCGGCCUAGAGAGGCGAAUCCUCGAUGGGACGCUGAGUUCUCAUGGGCCAUGUACAGCGAGACUCACUUCCUUACCAUCUCCCUGUGGGACCAAGAUAACGUGACCAAGGACGAUCUGAUUGGCACCGCCGUGAUCGAUCUGCAAGGCUUGGACGGCUCUACGAGCAACAAGGACUUGUCCCUGAGCUUGACCAAUCCCAGAAAAGCCAACAAGGUCAGAGACUCCAGGCUCCACGUCCGAGUUUGGAUUCAAAGUCAUGAAGAAGCAGCACAACAUGAUCAGAAUCAUGUGGUAACAGUCAAAAACUGA